AUGACUGGUUUCAACAAGAAUGGGUGUCCAAUUUGUGAGUGCUUGAAAGGGUUUGUACCAAAAUCAACUGAGGAUUGGAGCAAAGGAAAUUGGACAGGUGGGUGUGUGAGGCGAACUGAACUGCUUUGCCAAAAGAACAUUAGCAGACUAGCAAAUGGAACAGCUCAAAAUGACGGCUUUUGGAAGCUGAGUGGGUUGAAGCUGCCGGAUCAUUUUGAAUAUUUGUUCAAUCAGGAUUACUCAGGUAUAGAUCAUAAGAAAAGAGAAAAAAUCACCAUCAUCUUUACGACAAUUUCUGAGGUUGUCCUCUUGGGUGCCUUCAUGUUUGGUUUGCACAGGUGGAGAGCUAACCAAAGAGUAAAGAGAAGAAAAAGGAUAAAAGGUUUUGGUUGGGGUGAUAGACUGGACAUGCUAAGAGAUCCUUCACAAGACCACGCAACACAUUCGGAGUCUUCAGAGCUACCAAUGUUAGACUUUGAUAAAGUAUUAGUUGCUACCAACAACUUCAGCAUCACAAAUAAACUUGGGAAAGGAGGGUUUGGCCCCGUUUAUUGGCACAGGAAUCUUGUUAGGCUCUUGGGUUACUGCAUUGAUGGGGAAGAGAAGUUAUUGGUUUAUGAGUACAUGACAAAUAGAAGCUUGGACAUGUUUCUCUUCGAUGCAAAGAAGAGAAUGCAGCUUGAUUGGGCUAAACGCUUCAACAUUAUUCAGGGUAUUGCUAGAGGGAUUCUUUAUCUCCAUUGUGAUUCUUGUUUAAGGGUUAUUCACAGAGAUUUGAAGGCCAGCAAUAUUCUAUUGGAUGAUGAUAUGAAUCCAAAAAUUUCAGACUUUGGGUUGGCAAGAACUUUUCAACUAGCGCAAGAGUUGGCAAAUACUCACAGGGUGAUGGGAACAUUGUAA